AUGAAAUGCUCAGUUUGUUCCGAAAAUUUUCGUCUGGAACUUUGUGAUUGGACACUGAUCCGUUCUCCUGGUCAUACGAAUCAAACCAGCUCCAGUAGAUACGAAAGACUUCAGAGUUGUGAAACGAGGAGAGCGUAUAUCGCUACGCAAGCACCUUUACCUCAUACCUUCGGUGAUUUCUGGGAGAUGGUUUGGCAGGAACGAUCGAAUAUUAUCGUUGUUAUCACGAAACUGGUCGAGCACGGAAGGCGUAAAUGUGAUCAGUAUUGGCCUUGUUCAGCGGGUCAGUCGCAAACGCAUGGCAAUUUCACGGUAACGCUCGACCUAGAACGGCCCAAUGCACAUUUCGUUCAUCGUUUCUUAACACUCAAGUCUUCACAUUGCCUUAUGACGGAGCGCCAAGUUCACCAGGUGCACUUUACUUCUUGGCCGGACCACGGUGUACCGUCGAAUGUAUUUCCGUUGUUGUCUUUCUUGAAAUAUGUAUCCGAUAUUCACAGCACAGGACCGAUCGUUGUUCACUGCAGUGCCGGUGUUGGACGUUCAGGGUCUUUCAUGCUAAUUGAUAGCAUGCGAAGGCAUUUGGUGGUUUCUGAUUCACUUAAUAUUGAAGCACAUCUGAGGCAUAUACGGCAGCAGAGAGCGAAGCUCGUGCAAACAGUGGAACAAUAUGUAUUUUGUCACGAGGCGAUUCGACAAUUGAUUGCUCAUGGAACAACUCGCGUUCACAUCGAUAAUUUUAUCCAUUACACGCAUUAUUUGUUCAACGAAGUCAUCAAUGGUCGUACACGUUUGCAAAUGCAAUAUGAGGAUGUGUGCAAGUGUCAACAUUCACCCGUAUGCCCAAAUCCUAUCGGUUAUCAAACAUUUCCGGUUAGCAAUUUGAAUAUUAUACAUUUAGAAAAUGUCCACAUUCAUGAGAUUUGUAUUUCAUUGAAAUCACAUUCUUGA